CGUCGUCCCGUCAUGGUUGUCGGUCGAUGAUAUGAUUGUUGUUGAACAUACCGGUUGCGGCUGCCUUGAGUGAUUUAGGCGAUAUUUUUUCUAUUUCUAGUUGGUAUUUAUAGAAUUAAUUUAGCAUAUUACAAUAUGACCGCUUUUGAAGAGUUCGGUGUAUUGCCAGAACUGGGGAAAGCCAUUGAAGAAAUGGACUGGACACUGCCCACGGAUGUCCAAGCUGAAGCUAUACCUCUAAUCCUCGGCGGAGGAGACGUCCUGAUGGCUGCUGAGACGGGCAGUGGAAAGACCGGUGCUUUCUGUUUGCCGAUAUUACAGAUAGUGUGGGAGACAUUGAAAGAUAUACAAGAGGGGAAGACAAGUAAAGUGAUACAAACAACUUCAUCAGAGUGGACGAUGUCGUUUUUCGAUCGGACAGACGCGCUGGCGGUUACGCCGGAUGGUUUACGCUGCCAGUCUCGCGAUCCGCAGGGCUGGCAUGGCUGUCGAGCCACUAAAGGAGUUCACACGAAAGGGGCCUAUUAUUAUGAAGCUACAGUCACUGAUGAAGGACUGUGCCGUGUGGGAUGGUCUACACAGGCAGCAAGGCUUGAUCUUGGUACAGACAGACUGGGGUUUGGCUUUGGUGGCACAGGCAAGAAAUCAAAUGCCAAGCAGUUUGAUGAUUAUGGCAGUGCUUUUGGAAUUAAUGAUGUUAUUGGUUGCCUGCUUAAUCUGAACAAUGGUGAAAUAAGAUACACAAAAAAUGGAGAAGAUCUGGGAGUGGCCUUCAAACUGGAUCAGUCACGGAAAUCUGAUUGCUACUUCCCAGCAGUAGUGUUGAAGAAUGCAGAAAUGAGCUUUAACUUUGGUGCUAUGCCCUUCAAGUACACACCACCUGCAGAAUAUGUAGCAGUGAAACAAGUGCCAAAAGAGUUUUUGAAAAACAAUGUCGUGGCAGCGGGUGCAAUGGCAGAGAGCAAACCUGUCAAUAACGCCCCACAGGCUAUCAUCAUUGAGCCUUCGCGAGAGUUGGCAGAACAGACUUGCAAUCAGAUCACUAAAUUUAAGAAGUAUUUGGAAAAUCCUAAAGUGCGGGAGCUGCUAGUGGUUGGCGGAGUCAAUGUGAAGGACCAGAUCAAUCAACUCAAUGCUGGCAUUGAUAUAGUUGUUGGUACUCCUGGCCGGUUAGAGGACCUUAUUCAAGGAGGGUACCUAGCUCUGACGCACUGCCGUUUCUUCGUGCUGGACGAGGCGGACGGGCUGCUGAAGGCGGGCUACGGCGAGCUGGUGGAGCGCCUUCACCGCCAGAUACCCAAGAUCACGUCCGACGGCCGCCGGCUGCAGAUGGUCGUCUGUUCGGCCACGUUGCACGCGUUCGAGGUCAAAAAGAUGGCGGAGAAGCUGAUGCAUUUCCCCACGUGGGUGGACCUGAAGGGCGAGGACGCGGUGCCUGAGACCGUGCACCACGUGGUCGUGAUGGUGGACCCGCAGCGGGACAGGAGCUGGGAGACUCUGCGCAAACACGUGCAGACAGACAGCGUGCACGCCAAAGACAAUAUCCGAAGUGGCAACACCACGCCAGAGACCUUGUCUGAGGCGAUCAAGAUUCUCAAAGGGGAGUACUGUCUCCGGGCCAUCAGGGAACACAAGAUGGAUAGGGCAAUAAUCUUCUGCCGCACCAAACUGGACUGCGACAACUUGGAGCGCUACCUGAAGUCCUACGGCAACGAGUACACGUGCGUGUGCCUCCACGGCGACCGCAAGCCGCAGGAGAGGAAGGGCAACUUGGAGAAGUUCAAGCAGAGUCAGGUCAAGUUCCUCAUCUGCACCGACGUCGCCGCCAGGGGCAUUGAUAUAUCCGGACUGCCUUUCAUGAUCAACAUGACCCUACCUGAUGAGAAGUCCAACUACGUGCACAGGAUCGGCCGCGUCGGUCGCGCCGAGCGCAUGGGUCUAGCCAUCUCGCUCGUGUCCACGGUGCCAGAGAAGGUGUGGUACCACGGCGAGUGGUGUUCCUCCCGAGGUCGCAACUGCUGGAACACCAACCUCAUCGACGACCGGCCCAAAGGCUGCUGCAUGUGGUACAACGAACCACAGUACUUGGCCGACAUCGAAGACCACCUGAACAUCACUAUUCAGCAAGUGGAGAGCGACAUGAAGGUGCCCAGCAACGAGUUCGACGGGAAGGUGGUAUACGGAGAGAAGAGGAAGCAGAUUGGCACUGGAUACCAGGAUCACGUGAGUCAAAUGGCGCCCGUAGUCCGGUCGCUACAGGAACUAGAGUCGCAGGCGCAAUUAUGCUAUCUCAAAAUGCAUCAUAAUGCCACCAUAGCGUGAUCUACACUGAAUAGUCCCCCUUGAUCUUUUACUUACAUAAUGUAUGCAAUACUAACAUAAUUUAAUAAAUUAUAUAAGUCUGAGAA